CCCUCGGCCGCCGCCGUCUCGGUGGAGCCCCCCGCCGCCCGCCGCCGCCUUAGCCGAGCCGCUCUCCUGAGCCGCCGCCCGCCCCUGCCGGCGUCCUCGCUCGCUCCCUGCUCAGCGGAAACAUGGCGGCUGGAAGGGAGUGAGUGAGCCGCCCGCGCCCCGCGCCCCGCGCCGCUGUCGCCUUCAGAUGGAGAGAUUAAUAACACAGAGAAACUAACUUGUCAGAGGUCAGAGCAAGGUAUAGGUGGAUCCAGGAAUAAGUCCCAAGCUUCAUCACUCCUUGCUUAGUUUUAGUCCAUUGACUAUGCAGCCUAGUGACUGGAAUGAUGUGAAAAAACAUAAGUAUGGUCACUUGUCAGAGUCUGCAUCUCAGUAUCAAGAACCUGUUUGCAUCCUGGAGCUAGGAGCCCGGAUGUUAUUGCCUCUGGGAAGCCUUCCUCAAACCUUCUGCGUGCUCCUACAGCACCCUCCACCUCUCCAAGUGCAGCCCUCACCACACUCUUCUGCCAUGGAUCACUUAGUUUCUGUCCCUCUCUAGACUGAAGCUCACAAGAAUGAGGGCAAUAUUUUGAUCAUGGUUAUAUCUGCAGUGCCCAGCACAAUACUGUAAAUAAGUCUUGGAAGAAUGGCAUCUAGUGCUUUUUGCAUGGCCCAAAGGGGCCUGUGCUGCUCCACUACAGAGGAAACUUCAAGAAAUGCUGGUUUGCUACAGUGUUUUAGCUCGUGAGAAUCUCUGGGACCUUCCCUGCUCCAUCAUGGGGUCACCUCUAGGUCAUUUUACCUGGGACAAAUACCUAAAGGAAACAUGUUCAGUCCCAGCACCUGUCCAUUGCUUCAAGCAGUCCUACACACCUCCAAGUAAUGAGUUCAAGAUCAGCAUGAAACUGGAAGCACAGGAUCCCAGGAACACCACAUCCACCUGUAUUGCCACAGUAGUUGGACUGACAGGUGCCCGGCUUCGUCUGCGCCUUGAUGGCAGUGACAACAAGAAUGACUUCUGGAGACUAGUUGACUCUUCUGAAAUCCAGCCAAUUGGAAACUGUGAGAAGAAUGGUGGUAUGCUGCAGCCCCCUCUAGGAUUUCGGCUGAAUGCCUCCUCUUGGCCCAUGUUCCUUCUGAAGACACUAAAUGGAGCAGAGAUGGCUCCCAUCAAGAUUUUCCAUAAGGAGCCACCAUCACCUUCCCACAACUUCUUCAAAAUGGGAAUGAAGUUAGAAGCUGUAGACAGAAAAAACCCUCAUUUCAUUUGCCCAGCCACUAUUGGAGAAGUUCGAGGUUCAGAGGUGCUAGUCACCUUUGAUGGGUGGCGAGGCGCAUUUGACUACUGGUGCCGUUUUGACUCCCGGGACAUCUUUCCUGUGGGCUGGUGUUCUUUGACUGGAGAUAACCUGCAGCCACCUGGCACCAAAGUUGUGAUUCCAAAGAAUCCUUCCCCUUCGUCUGAUGUGAGCACUGAGAAGCCCAGCAUCCACAGCACCAAAACUGUCUUGGAGCAUCAGCCAGGGCAGAGGGGGCGCAAACCAGGAAAGAAGCGGGGCCGAACACCCAAGAUCAUUAUUCCCCAUCCCACCUCUACCCCAUCCAAGUCAGCUGAACCUUUGAAAUUUCCAAAGAAGAGAGGUCCCAAGCCUGGCAGUAAGAGAAAACCUCGGACUUUGCUGAGCCCACCACCCACCUCACCAACAACCAGCACCCCUGAACCGGACACCAGCACUGUUCCCCAAGAUGCUGCCACCAUCCCAAGUUCAGCUAUGCAGGCCCCCACAGUUUGUAUCUACUUGAACAAGAAUGGCAGCACCGGCCCCCACCUGGAUAAGAAGAAGAUCCAACAACUCCCUGACCAUUUUGGGCCAGCCCGUGCCUCUGUGGUGUUGCAGCAGGCUGUCCAGGCUUGCAUUGACUGUGCUUAUCACCAGAAAACUGUCUUCAGCUUUCUCAAACAGGGCCACGGCGGUGAAGUCAUCUCAGCCGUGUUUGACCGGGAACAGCACACUCUCAAUCUCCCAGCAGUCAACAGCAUCACCUAUGUCCUCCGUUUCCUGGAGAAGCUCUGCCACAACCUUCGGAGUGACAAUCUGUUUGGCAACCAGCCUUUUACACAGAAUCAUGUAUCACUCACUGCCACAGAGUACAGCCACAGCCACGACAGGUACCUACCAGGUGAAACCUUUGUCCUGGGGAAUAAUCUGGCCCGAUCCUUGGAGACACACUCAGACCUGAUGGACUCUGCCUUGAAGCCUGCCAACCUUGUCAGCACAUCCCCAAACCUUCGGACUCCUGGCUAUCGGCCCCUGCUUCCCUCCUGUGGCCUCCCAUUGAGCACUGUCUCUGCUGUACGUAGGCUCUGCUCUAGGGGAGUGUUAAAAGGAACAAGGGAGAGAAGGGAUGUGGAAUCAUUUUGGAAACUAAAUCAUUCCCCAGGGUCAGAUCGACAUCUGGAGAGCCGAGAUCCCCCACGCCUAAGUGGCCGGGACCCCUCCUCAUGGACAGUGGAGGAUGUGAUGCAGUUUGUCCGGGAAGCUGACCCUCAGCUUGGAUCCCAUGCUGACCUCUUCCGAAAACAUGAGAUCGAUGGCAAGGCCCUGCUGCUGCUGCGCAGUGACGUGAUGAUGAAGUACAUGGGCCUGAAGCUGGGGCCCGCCCUCAAGCUUUCCUUCCACAUCGACCGGCUGAAGCAGGGCAAGUUCUGAACAGAAGGCGCUCUCUUUCUAGGAAACCACCAGGCAGCUCCCAGGCACCUUAGUAGGGCUCUGGGUGACCUCAGGACUCUAAGAGGCUGGAAAACCACCACUGCUACCCUUCCUGCCCUGAUGUGUCCUUCCAUGAAGGACUGAGGAAGGAACAGUGGGCCUAGGGCUGGUGCUGCUCUUCCCCUUAGCCUGCUGUAGCUCCCAGACCCUUCUAUUUAUUUCUCAAGGCUAGCCAGCCUCUCACCACGAGUUUAGACGAGCACCUUUCAAGAGAUAAGGAAGACGCCAACCCUAGGACCUUGAAAGCCCUGGUACCCAGGCCCCUUGCCACCUUCUGGGCUUGGCAUAGUAUCCCAUGGCCCCCCAGCUCAUGCCUUCUCACUGGAUCCCCAGACUCUGAACUUAUGGUGCAGACCUUUUUUAAAGAGAUUGUUUCUUAUUGCUAAGUUAUUGCUUUUGGCAUUUGGACUUAAUGUUUCUCUUGCACCAAACAUUUUUGGAAGAGGGAGAUCAUCCUCUGUGGUCCAGAGAGGGUCUCUCCAGAGAAGUGUGGCCCAUUUCAGAAGACACUGCCCUAGGGCACUUCUUCUCUGGAAUGGACAAAGUCUAUGGCUCACUGAGCAUGAGGUGAGGGCCCCUCUUCCCACACUGGGUCCUUUGUAGCCUCAGUCUUCAUCUCUGAUAGAGUUUCUCUCACCCUGACCCCACAGCUCCCUGCCCUGGUCAGAAUUGCUGCAAAAGAUGGGGCCUAAUGCCAUUAGGCCACGGGGCCCCAAUGGUGGGACGGAGGACCUCAAGGCUGGAGGGGUUUUGCCCUCUGCUAGCUCCUGUGCUUCCUCCUAAGCAAGUCAGCAGCACUGCGGCCCCCACUGCCAUCUGAACUAUUUUAUGUCAGUUUGUUUAUAAAUAAAAACCAAUACAAAUGCCCGUGUCUUUUUAA